AUGACGCAGUCAGCACAUGGUGAAAAGCCCAAGCUACAUGGUGAAAAGCUCAAGCUGAAUCGUCCCUCGCAGGCUUUUCGUGUUUCACCUUCUUCCGGCGCGCAUUCGACUUCUCCCACCAUACUCAUCGAUGCUCGCCUUGAUCGCACGAUCAAUCGAUACGUUAUCCUUUGGCAGGACAUUCAACGGGCUUUCAAUAAUGUCCAAUGUAUUAGGCAGGACAAUACAAUUGUUCCUUUCAUGAUCGGCUCUGACUUUAAAGAGCUGUCGCCGCCGAGAAUCCUCUACUGCCGUGCUGUUGUGUUCGACGUCGCUCUCAAAAACACUGCCAAUGGGUCUAUCCGCAAGAGACAGGACCCCAUCCUCUGUGGUACCAACGUCCAGCAGGGUCCCCUCAAGGCCGACAGCAACGACAAGGCUAAUAACAACGACAUGGUCAACAGCAUGGACAAGGAUAAUAGCAUGGAUAAGAGUCAUCUUGCCCCAGACGUAAAGGAUGACCUGCAAUCGACUCUUCGCUCCUGCAACCAACUCUUUCGAUCCUUUUGCGAUACCAUGAUGUCCGACAACCUGACCCAGGCCAAGGCGACCAUGGAGACGAUGCGAAGAGAUUUGACAACGAUACAGACAACGUUGACCAAGACCCAGCCUCCUCAAGAGCUGGGAUUUGGUGAAGUGCAUGCGACUCAACAAGACAUGGCACGGAUUGGCAGUACCUAUGGUUUGGAGAACACUCCACUUAACGAUGCAGCAGCGAUGGAACCCUUCGUUCGAGACCCUUCUGCACAGCCGCCACUUGGUCCACAACGUUGCCGUUACUUUCCCGAGAUUACGAAAACUGUGUAUCAAACACCAAAGGGUCGAUUGGAACACAACGUGCCAACAGCUGAGAUUUCUCUCUGGAUGCCUGGAUGCCCAGGGUCAGAGUUCCUGGAAUGGCAUCCCGUGCCUUCGAAUACCACACUUCGGGAGGGGAUACCAACGUCCGAACGCAGUACAACUAUGGCUUUUGUGGAGAUGCUCGAAGCGCGGACCUGGCCGGAACUUGAAGGCUUGACCCUGGAUAUGAAUCACUUCCGACUAUUGGACGAGGAUGCCGCAUCUCUCUUGGCAGCGAUGCCGCGCUUGACUGUUCUCAGCUUGUAUGGGGUAGAGUAUGGUCCACUGUCCUUCCAGCAUCUGAAAGCCCACUUCUCGGCCCUCAAGGAAAUUUAUUCCCUUCAUCACUCCCAGCUGACCGAAGCUAUGCUGUUGGAGAUUGCGUUCUCAUGCCCUUGCACUAUCGGGGGCUAA